UUGAAAUGGAGGAGAAAUCCAAUUGCCCCCUCCAUUGGAAAUGUAAGAUCUUGGGCUGGGCAAAUACCCCACCACCCCUCUUUUACCACGAACCUCACUCUUUAGGUUGAGAACAAAACUGCAAACUGCAAACUUCAAACUUAUCGGCAUUCUCCCCCAAUUUAUAUCUUUAUCCAAUUCCCUCCAUCAUCCAAGCCAGGUAUUCACAGUCUAUCAGCACAAAAUCGGGAUGGAAGGCGCCGACAACCGAAUGUCUUAUCUCAUAUCUCUAAGGCGGGGUCGGAGUGAGGUUGUACAGAAUGAGCCAAGGCUGUUCUAUGUUGCAUAAACUGUUGAAAACUUUAAGACUAUGUUGGCUAUAGUUUACUUUGAAUUUAGUCUUAUCUCAUUUCUUCUUCUCGAUCUGAGAUUUUUUUCAUAUUACCAACCCACACGUCUGGAAAAUGACCAUCCCACAAGCACCACCAAGCUCAACCUUCAACGUCCCAACUAUUGACAUAGCUCCCUAUCUCCUCGAACCUUCAUCCCCAAAAGCUCUCAAAGUCAUCAACGCCGUCCGAACCGCCUGCACCACAACAGGAUUCUUCCAGCUCACUGGACACGGAAUUCCACGAUCCUUACAAGACGCCGUGUUCAAGGGCUCAGAAGCACUUUUCAAAUUACCCAUGGAUGAGAAAAUGAAGAUGGAUAGAAGUCAGAGUGUUGGAGCUAGUAAUAGAGGAUAUGAGGUGAUUGGUGGCCAAGGCUUACAGGAGGAUACAUUACCGGAUUUGAAGGAGGGAUUCUACAUCGGCAAAGAAAUCCCCUCCACAGACCCCCGCGUUCAAAGAAACGCCUUCCUCAUAGGUCCCAACCUCUGGCCCAAUCCCUCGCACAUCUCCGAAUCUCUAUUCCGGACCCCCAUGACAGAAUACUACACUCAGAUGUACGCUCUCAUCCUACAAGUCAUGGCCAUCCUCGCAGCAGGCAUGCCCUACGGCCCUCAUGUCUUCGACGAAUUCUGUGACAAUGACGCCGUGGCUGCGAUUCGCCUGCUGCAUUACCCGCCUGACAAGUCCAAUGAUGAGAGGCAAUUGGGAGCGGGUGCACAUACAGAUUUCGGUGCUAUCACGCUGUUAUUACAGAAUGAGCUUGGGGGGUUGCAGGUUUGGGAUGGGGAAGGGAAGGGCUGGGUUGAUGUUGUGCCGAAUCGGGAUGCGUAUGUGGUUAAUGUGGGGGAUAUGCUGCAGAUGUGGACUGGGGUGAAGUACAAGAGUAAUUUGCAUCGGGUUGUGAAUCGAUCGGGGAGGGAUCGGUAUUCGGUGCCGUUUUUCUUUGAUGGGAAUGUGGAUUGUGUGUUGAGGCCGCUGGAUGGUAGUGAUGCGGAUGGGAAGCAUUUGACGGUGGAGCAGCAUAUGAAGGAGAGGUUUGCUUCGACGUUUGGGAGGGGGAAGAAGAGAGAAGAUGGGGAAGGGAACUUUAAGAGUUGAGCUUGAAAGAUGUGCUGGGUACAUGUAUCACACCUCAAGCGAUUUCGCUUCGCGAGGCAAAGUAAAUACGAGAAUUUCGCUGCCCAAAGUUGAGCUAAAAUUCAAGUACCGAUUUGAGUUAAAGAUAUUUCACUGGUCUUGUAUGUAAAUGUGGAGAUAAACUUUCAGGUGAGUCUAUG